AUGAGCACGCCGCCGGGUCUCAAGAAGCCUAAGAUGGAGAGAGAAGAAGAAUCCAACGGCGAAGCUGACAAUGAGAACGGCGAAGAGAAGCUCAUGUGGGAGGAGAGAGAAGAAGCACUUGUGGCUCUGAUCGAGCAUCGUACCAAAGAAGUCGAACAUCUCCGCCAACGUUUGUCCUACUACAAAUCUCAGUUGCAUAAUCCUUCUGACCUGUCAGCAGUAGUGGAGUGGUUGAGAUUUGCCCAUGAGUGGUCUCCUAUGCAAAGAGACACAUGGAAUUUGUUUCAAUUGUUGCUGUUUUGGUAUCAUGGCCAGAUGCGGAUAAGAUGUGUUAAUAGAGAGCAUAAUGGAAAUAAUAUCCUCUCUUUCUAUAGAUGA